UCAGAAGAGAUCUCUCGUCGCUCGCGUUGCUUCACUGCUGUGAGGAAAUUUGCUGAGGAAAAAAAAUUAUCAGGAUAUUUUUGCAUUUGGCUCGAGCGAAGUAUUGCGACAUUCUUGAGACUUUGCUUCCUUUUGAACGUCGGAACAUACCCGACGCCUUCGAUUUACUGGCUUGUCACGUGACCCCCUCUUGAGAAUCUUGUGCUUGUGUGUCGUCGUGACGUUUUUUUUCGCCAUGAAGAAAACCGCUCCACAUCGUUUGCGUAAAGAGAUCAAAGGAAAAGCUUUAUCUUUCAAAAGUGCUUCUUCGGCUGUUUUUUUUUAUCGUUCGAUCCUUCGGAUUCCAUCUUUUUGCCAAGUGGCGUCGCGGCGCCUUGCUCUUCUGGUCUGGCUAAAACAUCAUCCGCGUAUUCAUAUGCUCAUGUAAUAUUAAGAGUAUGCAUACGAAUAUACAAGCAUGAUUGUACUCCCGCACGCUGAUACUCCUCAGCAGAUUUGUCCUCUGAUCGGAGAUCUGAGGACAACAGUUUCUUCUUUGUGUUCCUCUGGUAGCUGAACUUCGAGACUCUAAUCAGGUCUUGAGUCAGCUUCCUUUCCGACUGCGAAUGCAUGCGGUCGAUCGGACAGUCGUUUGAACACGAUUGAUACGCAUUCGUUUUCAUGUGCAUUCGAAUAAGAGGGAUGUACAUGCCUAAAAACCGGGCGCCUUCACAGAUAUGGAAGCACCGCGAGAUGCCGCAUACCAGCUGUCCCUCCAGGAAUGCGCGGAGGGGAUGGGGAGCUUCAGAGAGUCAUAUAUUUGUCACUACUGCGGCAAGCUCUUCAGCUGUUUCUCGCUCUUCCCCCAUCUUCGCACGUGCAAAGAGAAGGAAAGACUUUCGCAGAAGAAGAAAUGCGGAGGGCCCCCGAUGCCGGCACCGCCUGAUGUGCCAGCGACCCCAGAAUGGCGACGCGAAUACAACUCGUGGGCGCGAGACAUUGUCGUACAUCAACGCCUUUUAACGCCGUGCCAUCUUUGUGGUCAAGGUGUCCUUCAGAAAAGAAUGUCUACGCAUCUAUGGAAGUGCCGAGUGAAUUCAAGAGAGACUCACGCAUCCACUGAGGCCCUCGCCCGCGUCCUCGCCGCUCCGUUCAGCCCAUACGAAGAGAAGAUCCGAGAUCUCUGGCCGCGCCAGGAUCAGCUGAAGGAGGACCCAGCGCGGAGGGGACAUCCCGAGAACUCUCCGCCGGCGGCUGUCACCCCCUUCAAAGUGUCGGUUUUCCUCACCGUCAUCGAAGCCUUGUGUCGUCAAGAGAAACGUCACACAGAGAGGGGAACUAACAGAGAAGCAAGCAAAGGUUGUACGGCCCCUAGGAUGCCGACGAACAGGCACAGACCCAAAAGCUGCUCAACAGCGCAGCAGAAACACGAACUAAAACGAAGGGAUCUGCCACCCUGCCUGCGCUAUCGAUGCCCGCGGACUGAGGCGAGGAGAGACUCCGGGCGACACCCACAGUUGCGCCAGGCAGUGGCGAGCAGAAAAGACUCCCUUCUGUGCUGGCAGACCAGACAGGCUGAAGCGUAUCUUCAGUGGUUCCACCACUGCCCACAUGUCGCGAAGAAAACGGAGGAAAGCGGAGACGCUUCCCCCGAAAGAAGCCGAGAAACAGACGAGCUGAGGGCGCGGGAAUCAGAGGGGUGGCGGGGUGAAGAAGCUGUCUUCAACAUCCCCUUUCGCACUCCAGGGAACGAAGGAAACAUCGAUUCUCUCUUCUUCUCUCUGCCCUCGCAUACCCACCUCUAACCAAGUCCAUACAAAAACAUUCACGCGCAGGACGCAUCUGUGUACAGGCGGGUCCUUUUUAGUGUGCAGAUGGGGAUAAGAGCAUCCCUUCAAUUCCGAAACGUGUCUAUAUAUAAGUAUGUAGACAUAUACGCACUUGCCUAAUAUAUAUAUAUAUAUAUAUUAUAUAUAAUAUAAUAUAUAUAUAUAUAAUAUAAUAUAUAUAUAAUAUAAUAUAUAUAUAUAUAUAUAUAUAUAUAUAUUGGGCAAGUGUGCGCAUGUGAAGGCCUGUAUGCAGA